AUGGACUUUUUUUAUGAAGAGCAAGUAGCUAACAUUGAGGGUGGUAGGCUGAGUAAUCAAAAGGAAUCUUCCACCGAGGAAUCUGUUGAUGCAACAGAACGUAAUUCGAAUAGUGGGGUUCAGGGCCGAGAUGUAAAAACAAAUGAAGCGUUCCAAAAGCUAGAAGAGGAAGUCAACAAGCAAUAUGAAAAGACCACAAGUGCAUUUAAGAAGUUGGUCGUUGAAAAGGAUGACGGUAUUGAAAUUAACAUACCAAUUAGCGAUGAAACUACAGAGGCUGCACAGAAAUACUUAAAAAAGCUAGAUGAUAACAUACACAACGUGGAGAAUCUCGCUCAGUCAUAUUGGAGCAAAAUGAAGACUACCAGUUUUUGGUCCGGUUUUGGUAGCAUCAACGAUACAACAGAUGACGCUUCCGCUGACAAUUUUGAGGGUCUGGAAGAGAAAGGAAUUGCUGUUGGCGGAAAUAGAACAGAAGCUGAACUAAGGACAUUGUCAAAAGACAGGUCGGUUUAUUUAAAUAACAAAAUGGAUUUAGAGAAGGAACCGUUUGACGUAGAUGAAAAAACUGAUGAAAUAUGUUUGAUUUUACAGGGUGAUAAGGAUAUUGCUAGAUUAAUGAAUGACAUCGUACCCCACCAAAUCAGCUAUAAGAAUUUCUGGAACAUAUACUUCUCAGAAAAAAAUAGAAUUUUAGACAAGGAAAGCAAAAGGAAAGAAAUAUUACUUAAGAAGGAAAAGGAGGCCGAGGUAGCCUGGGAUGAUGAAGAUGAAGAAAUAGAAGCGGGGGCCAGUUUAAAAAACGAAGAUGAGGCAAAAGUCGAAGAACCAAAGAAGGAAGUAGAAGAGGAGAAGAAAGAUGGCUGCAACGGCGAGGAUGAUGAUGGUGAUGAUGAUGAUGAUGAUGACGACGACGAGGAUGACUGGGAAUGA